UUUCAGAUGCCUCAAGUCAAAAUUCCUCAAGGUGUACUUAAAGGCAAGGUUUGCUCUACUUAUAAUGGCAAAAAGUUCUACAGUUUCGAAGGUAUACCGUAUGCGAAACCGCCUGUUGGUGAUCUUCGCUUCAAGGAUCCACUAGAGCAUGAUGGCUGGUCAGGUAUAUGGGACGCUACUAAACCAGGCAAUAAGUGCCCCCAAGUCAACCCCAUGGGUAAGGGAACUAUGGAGGGGUGUGAGGACUGUCUGUACUUAAACAUUUACACUCCAAUGAUGCCAACUGAGGAUAUAAAAAAACUUCCGGUGUUAUUUUUCAUUCACGGUGGCAGGUUGACAUUAGGCUACGGUGAUUACUAUAGACCGGAUUAUUUCAUUCAAAACGACAUUAUAUUAGUAACGAUCAAUUAUAGAUUAGGUAUAUUCGGUUUUUUGUGCCUCGAAACACCGGAAGUUCCGGGUAACGCUGGCUUAAAGGAUACAGUCGUGGCUUUAAAAUGGGUUAAGAGUAACAUAAAAAACUUUAACGGCGAUGACGAUAACAUUACUGUUUUCGGCGAAAGCGCGGGAGCGGCUAUCGGUACGUCGUAUUUGACGUGCAAAAUGGCGGAUGGGUUUUUUAAUAAAGUGAUCUCUCAAUCUGGUUCGUCGAUAUCAGAUUUGUAUAUUAUAGGUGACGAUCCGAUACACAGAGCGAGUGUGGUUGCGUCGUUUUUAGGACAGAAUACAAGAAAUAAGAGUGAACUUUAUGAUCUCUUCUCAAAAGCAUCGGCUGAGGAUUUAGUUUACGCGACAAUAUCCGCAAAACUAACUGAACAUCCCGCCGUUCUUAGUGCAUUCCUCUUACCUGUGAUAGAGAAGGAGUUCGACGAAGUUGUCAGAUUUUUCGAAGAACCGCCAAUAGUAUCGAUACGAGAAAAUCGAUUGAAAAAAUUACCUGUCCUAGUAUCGGUGCAUUCGCACGAAGGUGCGUUAUUUGUGGAGAAGGACGAACUCGGAAAUGUGAUUUACGUGGACAAUUUCGAAUAUUUCAUUCCGUCGUUUCUGUCUACAAAAAUGAAUACGCCGAACGCAUCGACAUUUGCGAGUAAAUUGCGCCAAUAUUACAUGGAAGGUAGAAAUGCUGAUGACACGACUAAAAAUGAAUAUUUACAUCUCAUAAGCGAUCAUUACUUCCUUCGAGAUAUUAUGUUAAUGGUUGAGCUGUUCUCCAGUUCUCAAGAAAUAUAUCUGUGUAGAUUUGGUUACUUUGGUAAUAUGAAUAUUAGGACGAUGAGAAGUUUAGGCGUUAAAGGUGCGACGCACGGGGAUCUCAUACAGUAUAUAUUCUAUCGAGAAACUAAAGUGAAAUCGGCGUCGGAAAAGGAUUUGUUUAUUGCCCACAAUCUCGUGGACGCUUGGUGUAGUUUUGCGAAAACUGGAAAACCAACAUUCAAAAAUCUGAGUUUAGACUGGCAACCCUACGAUAUAGAUAAAAAAAUAUGUCUUAACAUCGAAGAUGAUAUAAAAGUCGAAACAUUCCCUAAGUUUGAUAGUGUGAAAUUUUGGUUCGAUUUAAUAAAAGGAAGAUCGAAACUGUGAUUGUUUAACGCUUACUUAUAGAGUAAAGAUCAUAGACAACUUUGACCUUGAAUUGAGAUGAUAUCAUUGGUCGAUAUCUAAAUUGUCUGUGGUAUUCAAUAUUCGUAAAGAAAAGGUGUUUAAAACGUCGACAAAAUUAUUGGAACUUUUGGAAGUGGAUAUGAGUAGUUUAUUCGAAUAGUGUUGUGUUAGAAAUAAAGGUAUA